UGAACCCGUUUGCAACGCGCGUUAAAUCGUCUCGUUACCUCUGUAUCUUCGAUUUCUCGAUGUCUCUUGAGAAGACAAGAAGAUGCGUGCUACGAGAGGCGUAAAAGAAUCAGCGCGUGUAACGCACGUGUCAUCGAUACCGAGAGUAAGAGGCACGCGAUAAGAUCAAUUGUUUGACAGAUGCCGGCAAUAAAUCUUCCACCAUCGACAGACGAAAAUCGACCCGGUAUAAAAUCGGUUCGUGUCUCGUCUGGCCCGAAGGAGGAGAAAUGCGCGGAGAGGACAAAGCUAUCAUCCCUUCCACGUUAAGCUGUCGGCCAAUCCUGACGGAUACCCAAAAUCCUCGUCCUUCCUCGAGCGAGCGCGAUCACAAUCCGGUCGUUCUUCUCGCCGGCAGGACCCGAGUUUAUUUCUUCUCAUCGCGUCAAUAGAUCGAUUCUGAGGAAUCUGAGGACCAGCAAUUAAUAGUCUCGAUACAUAAGAAAAUAUAUCAUGCGUAUAUAUGCGCGUGUAUUUACACCCAUCUAUAAAUUAUUACAAGCGUGAUACAUAUAUACGUGUACAUAUAUUAUUCUUAUGUCCACGAUCGCACGCGAAAUCGUUUCGAAUCAGCUGAUAUCGAUUUAUUGACCGGGAGAUCGCGCGCGAUGGAGAGCAACAAGUCAAAGGGCAGCCGCCGAGGGAAUAAUCGCAGGAGGAGCGGCGCCAACAAAGAGAACAAGAUGCGAGAGACGGAGAGGAUGAAGAAAUCGAGGAGCGAGGAAUCUAUUCUGUGGUCUUAUCCUGUAUUUUCCGAUAACGAGAGCAAGACGGACAUCGCGGAACAGGAAACGUCUGUGGAUCUGGAAAAUUUUGAUAACGGAAACGAGAACAAUCCGAAGACCUCACUCAUGUGUCCCGCGUUACGCCGACAAUUGCAGACGCACAAAAAUGUUCUUCGGCUCCUGCACGAGUACAAGUUGGCCUCGACGCAGAUCAACGGCCAGAGAAUCCUCAGCAUACAGCCGAUCAGAUGGACCGGCCCGACGCCCGGGAUCGAUUGCGAGAUCUUCGUCGGCCGCAUCCCGAAGACGAUCUACGAGGACACCUUGUACCCGCUGUUCAAGACGAUCGGCGAGAUCUUUCAGAUACGCCUGAUGGUGGACAUGGCCGAGUUGACGAGGGGCUACUGCUUCAUCAUGUACACGAAUCCGGAGGACGCGGGACGCGCCAUCGUCCAGUUGGAUCAGUACGAGAUCUCGCCGGGCAAGAAGAUACGAGUCCUGGCGAGCGUCAACAAGUGCAAACUCUACAUCGGUCCAUUGCCGUGGUACAUCGCGUCGGAGGAGGUUGUCAGAGUAAUCUACGCAUCAGCAUGGGAUAUCGAAUACGUGUCAAUCUAUCGAUUUCCGAAUCACGACGCGGCCUAUGCUAUAGUUUCCUUUAAAUCGCAUCGCAACGCAGCUUUGGCGAGACGAAAAUUGAGACCUGAAAAGCUCUUCAAGUGUAAUGAAGUACACGUGGAAUGGGCGCGGGUCGACUGGAAUCCUUCUAAUGUGUACGAAGAUCGCGGGACGGUAGACAGUAAGGGCGACGUGCACAUUGUUCGAAAGUAUCUGCCAUCAAAGAAGACUACGAUGUUGGAAACGUCGAUUCCAACGCACACCGAGCUUAAUCAUCAGAAGCAACUCCCGCCAAUCUCUCCGCCAUCAUCGCUCGAUAACGACAAGGAUCAGGACAAGCUCGACAAAUCUGCUCGCAACUGCAACAGCACCCGUUACGCCAACAUGCUAAGCAUGUCGGCGACCCUGGACGAUGACCUUUCGUCGCGCGUCAAAAAGGAGAUGCUAACGGACAUCAACGACAACGUGCAGCAGCUGGACGUCUUCAAGGAUCAGCAGACACAUCAGAAAAACGCCAUCGAGGCGGCAGAUAACUUCCGCAACUUCGACAUGUGGAGCUCCAGUCUGGUCUCCCAGUUGCCCGGCUCGCCUACAACCUCCAGCAGCUCGAAGGAAUCACCGAAGACGACGUCGUCUCUCAGUAGGAGCAUCGGCAACCGAUACUCCAACAGCGUUUCGAAUUACCAUCGCUAUCCUUGUCACAGCUCUCGUUCUUUCGGCAAGACGAUCGAUCAGAAUCAGCUGAUCGUCAGCGACGCUGUCAGGUACCAGGCCGUGCCUUAUCACCAGAAUCUCGCGUCCUGUUACGUCCUACUGCCUCAGAGUUAUCUGUGUCCUAAGGAUGCGAUCGUAAAUUACCCGCAAUCUUCCUUCGGUCUUCCUGAUGAGCAGGCGUGCGCACCUCUCGCUUUCGCAGGCUGCGAUCGUCGAUCGUUGUGGCACAAUGGGAACCAGAUGGGCUCGAUCGCGAUGGAUAAAGACUUGGUCAUCAUCAAUGGCGAGUCCCGACGCGACAGAGUUCCGACGAAGCCGGAAACCGACGUCGCUACCGGAUAUGUUCAAAAUUAUCCGAACAUCAUGUUAAAUUUCAUGCCAAUCUACGGCGACGAAACGACAUCACCGUACCUCGUCUCGAUGGACGCGAUGGACGGCAACGAUGAGAAGCGUCCGAGACCGAUCUUGAAGCAGACGACGACCAGUGGCACUUGGUUGUGAUUCUUCUCUCUUUUUUCUUUUUCCCCUUUCUUUCUUUUCUUUUUUCUUUUUCCUUUCCUUCUUUCUUUCUUUUUCUCUUUCUCUCUUUUUUUCUUUUGAUGACUGCUUUACGCAGAUUUUAGAAAAUGACGGUGCUCAGACAAAGAUGGCGUUUUUAUGUUUUAUUUCACGCACUGAUUAGAAAUAAUUAUAUUAGGAUAUUUGUCUUUAUUUUUUUUUUUUUUAAUCAUAGAUGCUGCCAAAGACUUGCAUGUAGGUAGUAUUACGAAUCCUUUUUACGCGUAAGCGUUGCUAAAAGAGCUCAAUCUAGUUUCUUUAGCUUGUAACUUGCUCGUUUUAUAGCAUUUUAACGAUGCAAUCUCGUCCUAGUAUCUUUGAAAGCACGUAUAAUCGUUGGCACAAAUUUAUUUUUUUUACGAUCGAUGCGUAAUUGCCUGAUCUCGUUUGCAACAACAUCGCAGAUUUAUACCAGAUUAAGUUUCAUUCGCGCGCUGCCGCGGUUUACUAUACUUAUUUGAAAGCAAGGUAGGAGCCAAUCUAAAUAUUUCAAUAAUCGCACGUUUUUAAAAGACCUCAGAUUUUUUAUCGUUAUAUUUUUAUUUUUUAUCGUCACGCGCUCGGAGCGAGAAGGAGGUUCUGGAGGACGCGUUAUCAGAAAUUAUGCAAUAUUGUUCGAAAUCGCUAUAUAUAUUUUUUAACGACACAGACUGCACAAAUACAAAAGAUGAAGGUACAAAUGGCGGUAUACAUUUACAAGAUUACAAAGGAUUACACGCGCCAGAAUGGAAAUUGGUAUCAUGUUACAAAAGAGGUACGAAUCAUGUGUUCUCCCGAUGUUAUCUAACAUUACAAUUAAUAAUCAGCUGCGAUCUUUCUUUCUCGUGCUCCUAUUCCUUUUAAUAUUCGCGCGAAAAAAAAACAAAUAUACGUUCUAUUAUUACUUAUCGCUGUUCCUAAUGACUA